AUGCUAUCAAAACCUGAUUCAGACGUCUCCUCCUUCGAGGAGAUAUCGUUCAUGUUCGAUUCUGACCGAAAAAUAUCCCUCGAUCUCCGCUUUCCCUCCAAUAAGCCGGGCCCUUCGAGUCCUGGUUUCGCAUUCGAACCGGCUGCCGACGCCCUGCCCACGAAAAAAAGAAGCAUACGUGAUAACUGCCGACCGGUCGCGCUUUCGCUGACAGCGUGGGCCGUCAGUGUCGUAUUCACCGUCGUGUACUCCCUCUUCAUCUACCACGUCCUCUUCCAAGGCAACCCGGUGAUCGGGUCCUGGACCUUUGACGCGUCGUUGACCAACCUGCUCCUUUCGAUCUGCUCCCAGCUGUACGGCAUGCUGCUGGCUUACGUUGUCAUGAGCCUCUCCGACGCGCUGCGGUGGUCGCUCGCCUCGAGGACCGGCGGAAAAGGCGGCGCCUCAGCCUCGAGUUUCUUCCAACUGAGCCCCGCGACGGACUGGUUUUCCAUUCUCAAGUUCAUACUCAAGGGACGGUUCCGCAGCAACUGGGGUCUCAUCAGGCUUGCGCUUCCCUUCAUGGGACUUGGCUUCGGCUCCAUCCUGAAAUUCCAGAACAGCUUUGAAGACUACUUCAUCAAACAGGGUGUAUCUAUCGAUGUGUACGCUGGCAACAUCCCUCCAGACGUGUCGGUCCUCGGCCUCAUCUCGACAACCUACCUAGAUGGCUUCUUCGAUACCUGGGCGCAGCAGCUCCUCAACUAUCCACGAUACGCCACCGGGUGGAAGAUGGACGGCUGCACCGGGGCCUGCUCAGUCUCCUUUCUUCCAGGAGGGAUGGAAAUAGCACGGAAGGUCGGUCCCUUGUUGAACAGCACCAUUCUGCAGGGAGGACUGUUCAACCAGACGGAAACCAUUAUGAUUGAAAGCGCGCCCGGGCUAGUGGCAAGGUUCGACCCGGUCCCGGAUGGUUUCGAAUUUGACUUGGAAAAAGAUUGCAGUGUUUACCAGACGCCGCUGGGUGACGCGCUGCAGAUGUGCAAGAGACAAAUGGGAGAUUCCGUCGCGGCAGGCUGGCGAGCCUGUCCCAGCGCCACUCAGCUUACUCGAGGAUGCGCGACACGGCUGGCAUGGACGAAGGCCCCCAUCGUCUCCAAGACCUUGUUUACCGCGUACCGACAAACCGCCACGACCAUGUACAGCCAGAAAGACCUCUCGAUACAGCACGUCGAGCCCGUCUCGGAGCCCGUCCGGUUCCCGAUGCUCGAGCCGGACAUGGAGCUGAUCUGGGACCGGGUGUUCCGGCCCAGGCCGUCGCCGUCGCAAAUCGAUCUCGAGUCCAUCAACGUGACGAUAUCGAGGAUGGCGUGGAAGUACAGGACGUACACUGAGUUCUUCCCCGACAACCAGAUGCACGUGGAGCUUCUGCAGAACUUUCUCGCGGUACCCCUGCAGUUCGCCGUCACGGCGAUGCAGUACGCGAACUACACCCUCGCGCUGCCCGAGGAGAAGCGCACCUUCCCGCCCGAGCUCCUAACGAGAGCGACGGGGGGCAGGUCAAUCAAGAGGUUCGUGAGCCAGCCCUGGACCGUGGUAGUCUUCAUCGUCUCGGGCGCCCUGGUCGUGUCGCUGUCCGGGGUCGGGUUCUGGUGGAUGUUGUCUCAGGUCCACCCGCUCCCGAAACCAUCGGGCAUCGUGGAGCUCGACUUUGUCGGUAGAGUUAGCGAUUUGCAGGAGCGUCGCAGAACGGAGCGUGGCGAUCAGGAGCAGUUCGCCGACCUGGUCCACGAUAUCGGUUCCCGGAAGCAGUACUCCGCUUGGCAGAUCAUCCAGACGCUCCAGGGGAGGCGACUAGGUUUGGCACCCGUGGAGGUGGACGAAGAGCUAGGAGGAGCGAAGAAAGUAGUGCCGGUCCUGUAUCUAAUAUCAGACGAAGGGGCUUUGACUGCUACCAACUCUUCGCCAUCGUUCAAGGGGGGAGGUUUUGGUGCCGGGACCAUCGUAUGA